GAUCUGUUCACACCACUUCGAGCGGCGGCUUGGAUCAAUAAAAGGCAACAGGCACCAGAGGCAGCAAGCAGACAUUCGCGGCUCUCAGGACUAUCUCUUCAGAAGUCAACCCCACACCAAGACUAAGCAAUAUGCCAGGAUUAUUUUUUUCUCACAACCACCCAACUGAACUGAAAGAAGCAGAUUGCAAGCUUGGAGAAGGCAAAGUUCAUAAAAGGAAGCAAAAGGCUUUUGGUGCAGAUCUGAAAAGCUAUUUGAAGUCCAUGGUACCACAUCUUGAAUCUAGCAACAAGUCUAACACCAGAAAUGUUAUGCUUUCUGCAGAAGAGGUGAUGCAAUGGUCCCAGUCUUUGGAAAAGCUUCUUGCCAGCCAAAGCGGUCAAGUUGCCUUCAGGGAGUUUCUGAAGUCAGAAUUCAGUGAGGAGAACAUUGAGUUCUGGCUGGCUUGUGAGGACUAUAAGAAAACCAAGUCUGAUCACUUGCAAGACAAGGCAGAGAAGAUUUAUGAAGAGUUUGUUCAGAUAGAUGCAGCUAAACAAAUCAAUAUUGACUAUCAUACAAGGAAAGCUACAGCUAAAAAGGCUCAAGACCCAACUUUCACAAGUUUUGAUGAAGCCCAAAAAACUGUAUAUGUGCUAAUGGAGCGGGACUCGUAUCCUAGAUUCUUGAAAUCAGAAGCCUACCUUAAUCUUUUAAACAAGCUUCAGGUCAACGGUGUUAAGUGAACAGUUUAAUGCCAUGGAAAUCUGAGGGUAAACUAUGCAUGUCAAUUAACCUACAGCAAAGAGGUUCUCCUGUGCAACUGGGUCUCAGCAUAGAGAAUGGAAACUUCAGUCUCUGAAGUGUUGGCGGAAGUGCAGAUAGAUGAUCAUACAUGAUAAAACUUAACAAGAUGAAGGCACUCAAGCUAGGUUUCCAAGCCUGAUAGCGUGGGAAAGGGGCUAUGGAGGGGGAGACUCUCUCUCCUUAACGCCACUAAACUGAAACUGGAUACAUAGUUAUUAAUUAAUUGUAUCGCACUGUGAAUUCCAACAGGACAGACAACAGUUUGGAAGAGAUAGGAUAAUACCCUUGUAUCUGAGUGUGAUGGGUAAAAUAAUUGAUAUUGGGAGAAAAAUACUUUUAAAUUGUCAAUUUGUAUACUAGCUACAGAAAUGCAUAAAACAGACCAAUAAGCCAAAUGAGAACUUGUCCAGGCUAUGAAAUGUUAAUAAAUGUGUGCAGUUCUAUUGUAUUGAGUAAAAUGUAUUAUAAAUGUGACAAUUGAGAAUAGGUUUAAGUUAUAUAAGCUAGAUAUUACUAUUUAUGUAUUAAACAAAUAGGUAUGUAGCACAUUUUUACUAUUUAAUUUAUUGCAAAGUAUGAAAUAAUGACAAGCAAUUCCUAAAUUAAAGCUACAUGACAAAAGCACAGAAGUUCUAUAGUCACUUUUUCUCUAUCAUAAGAAGGCUUUGACACCUGAAUUAAGGAGGUAAAUACUGAGGUACAGCCAUCUCUGUUAUCCUCUGAAAUCUCUUCUUUCUAAUAUUCUAAUUCUUUCUAGAUGCCCAAUUCUCUUGCACACAUUUUACACUGGCAUAACUCCAUUUACUUCAGUGGAGCUUAUCCUGAUUUACUCAAUGUAAAAUCAGAUUCAGGCUUAAAGUUCUUUUUCAUUUUUGCACUUCUCCAACUUUAACAGUUAAGUCUUUCAACAACUAUUGAAACAGAGAUGAGAGAAACCAUCUGAGCAGAACAACUGCAGAACUCACACCACAUUUCACGUUGUUGAAUUGUUAAACAUUCCAGACCCCUCAUGCUUACUUAUCAAGAGUGACAGUAACUGGUGAGGCUGACCAGCAAAUCCCUGCAGUGUUAGUGCUACAGAGUCUUGAUAGACGUUGUGACAGAGUCUAAUUUACAAUACCAAUAUUAACAGUAAAGGUCAUUUACAUUUCAUUCUGAAUCUUGUGUUAAAUUUGCUCUAUAAAAUGUGCCGUACUAUAAACAGAUGAACACCAAAGUGGGCAAUGAUUACUGGGGAGG